AGUGGACAAAAUCCACUUGUGAAAUCGCUUCACAAACUUUGCUAUGGUCGUCUUUUCUUUGACUUUAAAAUGAUCGCUAUCCUUCAAAAGGGUUCAAAUUGUAAUUUCAUACCAUCCUCACGUUCCAUGUAAUUUCUUCGUUCUAUUUUAUAAUAUUUCAUCCCCUAUAUAUUUAACUAAACACCAAUCAACAACUGGAAAAACAAUCAAAAUCAACUUACAAACUGUUCUUUUAGUGUGUGUUUUACAAAGAGAGAAAAUGGAGGUAGAGAAAGAAUCAGUGAAACUCAGCCUGAGCAAUGAGCUUACAAAAACAGCUCAAUCUCUAUCCAUGGAAGCCCACAAACAAAACAAACCUUUCAUCACAAACCUCAACAAGAAACCAUCAAUGGAGGUUGCUAUCUUCGCAUUUCCAGGAUCGUGGGAAGUCAGCAACUGGUACCAUGGUGAUCUUUUUGGAGAAACCGAGGUUGAUCGUAAACUCUUCAAGUCCCUGUGCCGGAUCGGAGAGAAUCGACCCGCCAAAGUCAACGCAGCGUUUCUUAAAAGAUUUCAAGAUCUUUUAAACGAUUCCACGUUCAAAUCCGAGAUAGAGAAAGCUGUGAACGCAAACAAGAAGAUUUUAUUCACGGGGCAUUUAUAUGGUGGUGCGACAGCAAGUUUUGCCACACUUUGGAUGCUCGAUGAAUACAUAAAAAAACGCGGUAAAAAACUCCCAAUCGGGUGCGUCACUUUCGGGUCACCUCUGAUUGGUGAUCGGACCCUGUCCCACGCAGUCCGGCGUGAGAAAUGGGCGGGUCAUUUUACCCAUUUUGUCAUGGACCACGACAUUGUUCCUCGCAUGAUGCUAUCUCCUAAGAUAUCAAUUCAACAACAUCUACCUAGCAUUCUCAAAUUCUUCCAACAGAAAGUCAAACCCAUCGAUCAUAAGCGUAAAAAAUCGAGUGCGAGACAACCAAUGGAUGAAGAUCAGUCGAUAGGAGACGCUGAAUGCGUUGAGUUCUUUGAGAAUGUAAUAAUAAAUGCAUCAACAGUUGCAAGUCAUGUUGCAUUUGAGCUCAUGGAACCUACAAAUUCUCUAAUGGAGAAGCUAUCGGUUGACUUUGUAAAAGUCUCUCCGUAUAGACCAUCGGGUUUUUACGUUUUCUGCACUAGCCAUUCUCAACAGUUUCGGGUGGAAAACCCGAACGCUGUUCUACAGUUACUGUUUUAUUUCUUACAGCUAACCGAUGAAAAUCAAAAGCUAGUUGAUUUUGCGUACAAAAGUUUCUCAAAAAGUUUUAGUUACGAAGAAGAAUUGAAGAACGGGUUGCACCUGGAAAACUUGGUCGACCUGAAAGACCUCAACGACAAGUUGUUGACUCCUAACGGUACUGCAGGUGAUGCGGAUCGUACAAGUAACGAAGCUCUGUUUCAACUGAGUACAAGUGCAAGAUGCUGUAUAAUCGCUGCUGAGGAGGCGGAGAACAGGAAGGAAGAAAACCAGAGGGUGAUUGAUAAGUCAUUGAGAAGAGAGCAAUCUGAAUCUCGGACUGAAUCGAAGAUGAUUGGGGAUAUUCUGAGUGAAAUCCGUAACUACAAAGAUACUAAUGUAGAUUACUACGAGGCAUUCAAGCUUCAAAAUGAGAAAGCAGACUUUCAGGCUAAUAUGAACAGGCUAGAGUUGGCUAAGAUAUGGGAUGUGAUUGUUGAAAUGGUGAUGCGGGAGGAUCUUCCGGAUGAAUUUGAGGGGCGGGAGGAUUGGGUGGAGGUGGGGACGGUGUUUAGGCGGCUUGUUGAGCCGCUGGAUAUUGCGAAUUAUUAUCGACAUUUGAAGGGAGAUGGGUAUAUGAAAUAUAGGCCGAAGAGGUAUAAGUUUACACAGAGAUGGUAUGAACAUGCGAAUGGUAUGGAUUUUGAUGAGGUUGUUUGUGAGAGUAGUUUUGUUGCUGAGGUUGAGGAGAUUCAGAAACAGGAUGUGUUUUGGGGAGAAUCUAUCUUGUCUAUGUUGCGGGAAAAAGUAAAAGUCUGA